GUAGGUUUCACUAGUGUCCCUAGAAUACAGAGUCUGGCCAUUCGGGCCGGAUUCCCUCAAAAUGGCGUAUGUAUGUCAUGAGUGAACAGCGGAAGCUUCCUAGUUGUUUCGUAGUGGUUUUGACUAAAACAGAUAUCAAGAGAGAUACAUAUAAUGCCUUCCUGCUGUGUAAGAAAAUGUUCCAACUCUUCGAAAAAGGGUUUUUCUAUGCAUCGCUUUCCACAAAAUAUGGAGCGAAAGAAGCAAUGGAUUGCGAAUAUUGGUAGGGAUUUCGACCUGUCCAAAAUAUAUUUUAUCUGCGAGGCACAUUUUCCAGCUGAGAUGUGGGAAAAGCCUCGUAGUGAUGGCAAAAAGAAAUUAAAAGAGAUAGCAGUUCCAACGAUUUUUUUGGACAACGGAUGUAGUCAAAAUAAAAAUGGUGCAACCUCUGUACGUGCAAAUGACAUUGGUUCUGCUUCUUUACAUACUGAAGAUCAUAUUACCAAUAUUAACAAUAUAAAUAAUGAAAAUUUCACCUGUAAUUCUAUCGACAACGUAAUAGAAUCGACAACGGACAAUAUUAAUGACAUCGAGAAAAUUAUGGAACAAUCAAAAGAGAUGAAAUUAAAACUUCAGCAAGCAAAUUUAAUUAUCAAUAAAUUAGAUAAGUCAAAGAGGAUGCUCAUAAAGCGUGUAAAACGACUGAUGUACAGUAAUAGAAAAUUAACGGAAGAGAAUCAUAUCCUGAAAAAUAUCAAGAACAAUAAGAAAAUACUUAAUGAUGAUCAAAUUAAAGUUCUCCAUAAACAGUCUGCACGAGGUUGCAAAUGGUCAAACGCUACAAUCAGAAAAGCACUAAAAUUAAAAUUGUCAUGUGGUAAUGGCGGUUAUGAGGAAUUAUUGAAUCAGGGCAUUCCUUUACCAGCGCAACGAACACUUCGAAGAAAAUCCGUUUUGAUUUUCAGCCUGGCAUUUGUGAACAAGUAUUUGACAUCAUAAAACAACGAGUUGCUGAAUUUACGGAUGAUCGAGAAAGAGAUUGCGUGCUGGCGGUAAAAUUAUAAAGCGUUUUAUUAUGUAUAGAAUGCGUAUAUCGUGUAAACGAAGAGGAUUACAAACUCGACAAUACAGUAGUAAAACUAUGGCAAUGUAUCAUAGUGUUAAGUAAUAUGUUAUGUUUAUAAGUUGUGUUUAUAAGAAAUACAUAGUUGUGUUCAUAAAA